AUGCCAGAGGCCAUGGCCGAGGCCGGGGAGCUGGUGGUGAGCAGCGCCCAGCAGGACGACAUGCUGCGGGUGGUGGCCGCCCUGGCCGGCAUCCUGGAGCGCGUCGCGGAGCGCAACGACGCGGUGGCCACGCCCGGGGAGGCGGCGCCGGCGUCGGCGUUCCGGGCGACGACCAAGCCGGGCAUCUCGGUGCGCGCGUACGUGGCGCGCAUCGCGCGGUUCGCCGGGUGCAGCCCCGCGUGCUACGUCGUCGCCUACAUCUACCUCGACCGGCUGCUGCAGCGCGCCCGCGGCUUCGCCCUCGCCGUGGACUCCUACAGCGUGCACCGUCUCCUCAUCACGACCGUGCUCGCCGCCGUCAAGUUCAUGGAUGACGUAUGCUACAACAACGCCUACUUUGCCAAGGUCGGGGGCAUCAGCCUGGUCGAGAUGAACUACCUGGAGGUCGACUUCCUGUUCGGCGUCGGGUUCGACCUCAACGUCACGCCGGAGACAUUCGGCCACUACUGCGCCGUGCUCCAGUCCGAGAUGCUCUGCGCGGAGGCUGCUUCUGCGCCGCCGAGGCUGCAGCACUGCUGCCUCUCUGAAUCCGAGGACGAUGCCGCCAGCUGCGGCAGCCAGCAGCAGCUGGCGGCAUGA